AUGGGAGCUCCGCCCUCAUCCGCCAUGGCAAGCGGUACCCAGCAUAUUCUGAGCCCCGGAUUCACUAUCACCGCCACCAACUGUCCAAGCCACCUUGCUUUCCUAUCUACACCGACUCAUUUUGGGAAGGCCAUCAUCUCCACCACUCCGCCUCCCAUGGACGACCGCAGUCACUCAACUUUGAACGAAACCAGCAUUGCACUCUUCUAUGGCUAUUUCAAACAUCCCGAGAACGCUGUUUUUGUCGCGUUUGAGUCUGUCAUUGACGGGAGUUCCCGCUUGUCGCCUCACCCCAAGCUGGCGGAUCGCUUCGAAAGCUACGACAAGGACCACUCUAAUCCCUGGUUUAUGACGGAGAUCAAGGAGGGUCAUGUUAUAGAGGAAGUGAUACGGAGGUCCCUUCCUCGAGAUUGUCUCUUGUGCGCAAGGAAAAUAUCGACUUUUGCCACCCUUCCUCGACUGGUUCCCGUGUCUGUCAAGAGCCUCGUGCGACCACCAUCCUGGAGAUUUGGGCAGACCCUUGCUCUCUCACCUUGCCCCAACACCCUCUGA